AUGCGUACCUCCCUCCUCCUCGCCGGCAUCUAUGCCACCCUCUCCGUCAUCGCCACCCCAAUCACCCCUUCCCCAACCGACCUCAACACCGCCGAACCAGAGCCCCUCGCUCAGGACCUCGAGGGCCUCGACGUCGACAGCGAUCCGUCCUCCAUGGCAGAGCCGAAGCCAGCGACUGGGUGGCCAGGCUACGAAAGACCCAUGAUCAAGGACACCAUAUCCCCCAAGGACCCCCGACCGUACAACAAGGGGGAUUACGAGAAGUCUCGGGAAUAUAAACCCAAGUUCGACAGGCCGCAGCCUCGGCCGAAGCCGGACAACCCCUUCAAGAACCCCAAAUGGAGGGUCCCGCCCAACGACCCCAACACCUUCAAGGACAGUAACCCGUUCCGGUCGUGGCCGCACAGGGACCCCUUCAAAAUGCCCAAGAAGAACCCGUUCAGGCUGCCGGAGAAGAAGCUUGAGCCGAAGCCUGAGCCGGAGGUGGAUAUCGAGCCGAUGCCGAAGCAGCCGGAGCAGGAGAAUGCAGAGCCGGAGCGGUACCCGACUCACGAAGAGACGAUAAAGAAGCCUGCAGAUCCGAAUCGGUACCCGACUCACGAGGAGUGGACCGAGUGGAGCAGAGAAACAGCCAUUGCUAAAGAGCAUGAUCCGUGGCCCGAGGAUGAUCGGAGCCCGGAUGCGGCGCCGAAGAAUGAACCGACGUAUGAGCCGCACGAGACGGAUUCCAGAAGGGUUGGGGAGUAA